AUGGCCUUGGCGUUGUGGGGGUGGAGCCUCAACUCCCUGCCACCACCCCGAAAGCCAACGGAGGCCGGUGGAGAUCAGGAUCUACCACCGGUUCUCCCGGUUGACGAGGAUCUGCAUGUUCAGCUUCGCCUGAGCAAUGGGUGCGAGCCCCUCUUGCUGGAUGAUGGUGAGAUUUGCCGACGAGCUCGCAUGGAUACUGGUGACUUUGGGGUGCCUUCGUUGGAAACUCGACAGUCCUACUUCUCCAACAGCAUGCCAAAAAGGGCCGAGCCCCCUGCGCCCCCCAACCGCAUCUUGCACAACCGCCACAAGGUUCUUGUCGAGAACAUGAUGAAG